AUGAUUUUUAGAAAUGUCCCACAACACACUGAUUCUUUAUGUGUAUGGAGAUCGUUUCUGUGAUUGAUCAAGAUUGUGGAGACAAUUUAGUUUGAAUAUGUGUGUUUUUGUCUUGAGCAUUGGCAUAAUCGGUUCAUGAUGAAGAAUCUUUGGAGCCCAGAAAGGAAAAAUGAUAUCUUGAUUGGUUUUAUUUUGAAUUUUGAUUAUUUCUGCAAUGGGUUUGAUUGAAUCAUUGAAAGAUCGCAUUUUGACAUGAAUGUGAUGGAUGUUUGUGUAGGGUGGUACAGGCAUUCCAGAAGUGGGUGGUUGAUCUUGCCGGCUUUCCUUUCCCUUCUUCUCCUAACCGACUUUCGAUAUUACAGAGAAGGGAAAGAAAAGCAUUUCAAAUUUCGAAAGAGGUUUAUUUUGCAGAAGACAAGAAAAGAUUUUUUUGGAUUUUGUUAAUUCAUAAAUAUGGGUGUUGUUUCGGGUGUAGUCUCGAGGCAAGUCUUGCCGGCAUGUGGCAAUCUAUGUUUCCUUUGCCCUGCAAUGCGUGAGAGGUCUAGACAGCCUGUGAAGAGGUACAAGAAGUUGAUAUCAGACAUUUUUCCCAAGUCACAGGACGAAGAGCCUAAUGACAGGAAGAUCGGGAAACUAUGUGAAUACGCUGUCAGAAACCCUUUUCGAAUACCAAAGAUUGCAAGCUCCCUAGAGCAAAAACUCUAUAAGGAAUUGAGGAAUGAAAAUUUUCACGCUGUGAAAGUCGUUAUGUGUAUUUACAGGAAAUUGAUAUCAUCUUGCCGGGAGCAAAUGCCUUUGUUCGCAAAUAGUUUAAUGACUAUUGUUCAAACCUUGCUAGAUCAACCAAACAACGAAGAAAUUUUACUUAUUGGAUGCCAAUCGCUCUUUGUUUUCGUUAAUAACCAGAAUGAUGGAACUUACAUGUUUACCUUAGAUGGAUUUAUUCCAAGGCUCUGCGAGCUUGCCCAAGAAGUUGGAGAAGAUGAGAAGGUGCAACAUUUAAGGGCAGCUGGGCUGCAAACUCUAUCUGCUAUGGUUUGGUUCAUGGGAGAAAACUCACAUAUUUCAGCUGAAUUUGACAAUAUCGUUACGGUAGUCUUAGAAAAUUACGGAGGCGAAAGUAAGGACUUGAAUUCCAACCAAGCAAGUUGGGGGGAAGAAGUUGGUAAAAUUGAGGGCAACGUCUCUCCAUCACCUAAUGUUGUAAGGAAGGUUUCCUCUUGGAAAAUGGUUGUGAACGAUAAAGGAAAUCUCAACGUGGAAGAGGAGGACUCCAAGAACCCAUGGUUCUGGUCCCGGGUAUGCCUGCACAACAUGGCGAGCCUCGGGAAAGAGGCGACAACCUUGCGUCGGGUUAUGGAAUCCUUGUUCCGCUAUUUUGAUAGUGGAAAUAUGUGGCCGGUCAAGGACGGGAUUGCUUUACCUGUACUCAAAGAUGUGCAAUUUUUUAUGGAUGAUACUGGGCAAAACACACACUUUUUGCUGUCAAUUCUAGUCAAGCAUCUCGAUCACAAAAACGUCCUUAAGCAACCUGAGAUGCAGCUCGACAUUGUUCAUGUCACCACAGCCCUUGCUCGAAUGUCAAAGAUCCAGUCUUCAGUUGCUAUAGUCAGUGCCGUGAGUGAUAUCAUGAAGCAUUUGCGUAAGAGCAUACAUAAUAAGCUCGACGAAAAUCUUGGCAAAGAUUUGAUUAAAUGGAACAUGAAAUACCAUGAAGCAGUGGAUGAAUGCCUUAUCGAGCUAUCAUCGAAGGUCGGAGAUGCAGGUCUGAUCCUUGAUGUAAUGGCUAGUAUGUUGGAGAACAUACCGAGCAUCAACAUUAUCGCAAGAACGACUAUCUCAGCCGUCUAUCGCACAGCUCAAAUAAUUGCUUCUUUGCCUAAUUUAUCUUAUCAAAACAAGGCAUUCCCGGAUGCGUUGUUUCACCAGCUACUUCCAGCCAUGCUCCAUCCAGAUCACGACACGCGCAUUGGAGCUCACCAGAUCUUCUCGGUUGUCCUUGUGCCAUCUUCGAUCGCCCCACAAUCAGAUCAUGAUGUGUCUGACUCGAAGAAGAACGUCCUCUAUCCAAGGACGCUCUCGAGAACUGUUUCAGUGUUUUCUUCAUCAGCUGCACUGUUCGAUAAGAUGAAGCAUCAGAGGGUUCAGCAUGCUGAGCCAAACAAAAGCAAGCCUUCAGGUGAUGUGGGACAGGAAAACAACACCGGUGGUGUAUUAAACAGAAUCAAGUCGGGUUACAACCGAGUACAGAGCUUCAGACAAUCGGCCCCUGAGCCUGAUUCCACAACCAAAUCUAUCAAACAAAUGGACGUCGUUCCACUUAGACUCAGCAGCCACCAAAUAAACCUGCUGCUUUCAUCUAUUUGGGCACAAUCUGUUGCUCCCGAAAACUUGCCUGAGGAUUAUGUAGCUUUAGCUCACACUUACAGCUUGAUGCUGCUGUUUUCUCGAGCCAAGACCUCCUAUCGUGAUGCACUUGUUCGAAGUUUCCAGAUGGCGUUUUCGUUAAGGGAUGUUUCUCUUGCUGCAGAAGGAGUACUUCCGCCUUCACGUCGCAGGUCCCUCUUCAUGCUGGCAACCUCGAUGAUUUUCUUUGCAUCGAAGGCUUACAGCGUUGUUCCUGUAGCUGCACGUGUCAAAAGUAUGCUCACUAGUAAAGUGAUCGAUCCAUUCUUGUCUUUGGUAGACGACUCGAAGCUGCAGACUAGUGAAACCGGAAAGAUCGCAUAUGGAUCCCAAGAAGAUGACAGUUCAGCUCUGAAAUUUCUUUCUGGAACAAAAAUCUAUGAUGAACAGACAACCGCAUCUCUGACUUCCCUAAUUGUUAAGAGUUUGGAUAACUUACCGGAAUCGGAGGUUUCCUCCGCGAGGGAGCAACUGCUCAAAGAAUUUGUGCCUGAAGACUUGGGCUCCCUUAGAGGCGCGUGGCUUGCUGAUUGCCCAGAAGGAAGGCACAUGCAUAAUAAUUCAUGCUUGUGUGGCGAUAAAUCCUUUGACAAGGCGGCCUCAAUAUUCGUUGAUGAUGAUGCUUUCCCAGAGUCGGUUGGAGCCGGUAAACAGAACACGCAGUUGGCUGUUCAAAACCCGAAUCUUAUCAGCGUUGAUCAGCUUCUGCUAUCUGUUUCCGAGACGGCAACAAAUGUAGGUAGAAUGUCCAUGUGCACGGCAGACGACGCCUCAUACAAGGAAACGGCCAACCACUGUGAGACUCUUUUGAUGGGAAAGCAAAAGAAGAUAUCCAAUCUGAUCAGCGCGCAUCACAAACCCGGGCCUCUGAUGGCGAUAGCUGCUCAAGCUGAGAGCAAGACGACGGUGUCACAUGUUAGCAAUCAGCACAAGCAGGCUGGAAACCUGUUCUUGGAUGACAAUAUUCUCGGGCUUCCAGUCGUGCCAAUAGCAGGGCCAUGCGCAACUGAAGCUCAGAACGAGUUUAGGCUGCCGUCAGCAAGUCCGUUCGACAACUUUUUGAAGGCGGCUGGAUGCUGAUAGGAUAAGCUCGACAGUAUAGUAUGAUCGUCCACGUUGAGUCUAGCAGUAGAAACAGCAGGAUUGGUUUCCCCUAUGCUUUAAACCCAGAUUCUUUCUAUUUUUUCUCUUCUUUUUGUUCUUGUUCGUUCAAACAGAAAAUCACCUAGUACUGAACCGGGGGGUUCGUGUUGUUCUCCUACCGGAAGUGCGAGCGGUUUAUGUAGAGCCUAGUGUAGAAGAAGAUCGAUGUCGGUAUCCAAAAUGUCUGAUCGUUUUUGUAUUGAUUGUAUGAGGAAUGUGUAUAUUAGUGUUCCUCUUUUAUGUGUUGUUUGUGUGGGGAAAUGUCUGUAAAAGAGUGUUUGUGGCAAUAGAAGAUGAUCCUGAUUCUUUUUUCA